GGGUUGCUGGUGCCUCUCCAGCUAACGUUCCAGGGUCACCCUGGACAGGUCGCCAGCCUGUGGCAGGGCCUGUUUGUAUCAGCAGAGUGAAAACAGGGACAAUCACUCUGCCUCAUCCUGCACAGUUAAAGCAGGAGACGCUUUGCUGGUUCUACUGGUUCCUGCUGAUCCUGAAGGGACGUCUGGGACUUUAACUUCUGGAAUGUGAAGCAGCUCCUGCAAUGAAGGACUUAGUGGAGAGAAAUCCUUUCUAAGGAAUGGGGUUAGCUGAAAGCCGCGUGAGCGAACUCUCCUUGUGGUCAGUGAAUGCCUCGCUGCUACAGCAGACAGAACCGAGCAGCAGAGGUUCUGCAGUACAUGCUGAACCUCAUGGCUUGUGAUAAAGACGAGCAGAACGCCCCGACUCGUCUCCAGUUUACUCACGUUCUCAUUAACGGGCGUGACUCAGGCAGCUUUGACCUCCUGCCGUCCCCACCGCAGGACACUGCUGACCCGCUGAAACACAGCAGAUCUGAACGUGCAGGAUAAUCCUGGAGAAGAAAAAAUUCUCAGUCAGGCUGAGGUCUGGACUUUGACUAGGCCUUUCUGCUGUAGAUUACACUUCUAUUGAUGACCUGGUUUGGACCAAGCUUCAGAGGUUGGACAGAUGAACUCACAUCGACUCAAGGACUCUGGUCUACAGAGGAGCUCCUGGUCCAGUCGGUGGCUGAAGGCGCCCAGGUCCUCUUGCUACAAAACUGUCCCACAUCAUUAUACCUCCACCACAUUCAUCUGUCCAUCACAGUCCAGCAUAUCUGUUCUGGGGCCUCAUGCAUAAAACACUGCGCAGUUUUCACACUAAAACUUGGCGUACAGAAAAAUUUAGAAAAGUGCGGCGCACAAAAAAAUCGGAUGCAUAAAGCCGUGUGCACGUACGUGGCCGCGCACCUUUCCUUUAUAAAUCCUAAUUUGUGGGAAAUAGAGAGCAGCUGCUCUUCCUCCCUGUCGCCUCCAUAAAUAAAUCUUAAUGUAAAUUAGUAUAAAUACCCGGAAGUCUGCCACCACGUGAAGCAGCAACCAUGGCAACAUCCUUGUUUCUUGCAGUAUAAGUAUUUAUAAUAAUAAUAAUUAAAAAAAAUACCAAAAGGGGCACUUGAGGGCAAAAGGGGCAGGUGCUCAAGCCCCCCUACACCAUCCCCUCCACAUGCCUGCAUUAUAGUCCAAGUGUCAAUGUGUAGUCAAUGUGAUGACGAGAGUCUGUGGGCGGUUCUGUUUGAAGGAAUCAAACACUGAGGAGAAGUUCAACAUCUCCACUGUCCUCACCAUCAACAUUGAGGAUGUCGACGACCAGUAUCCUCACUUCCUGCCCUGCACACCUGUGUCCCCAGGUGUCCCGAUCUGCAUGAACCCAACCUACACAGCCAACAUCACAGGAAAACACCAGGACUCGGUUCUGGAGUUUUCUCCUGGUCCAAUCAGAGCCAGGGAUGGCGAUCGAGGCAUCAACGCUCCUCUCAUGUAUACGAUACUGUCAGGUGACAAUCAUGGCAGGUUUGUGAUGGACAACAGAACAGGUGAGAUCAGGCUAACCAGAGCUGUAGACGAGCGUCAGCCAGGAGCAAACUUCACGCUUGCCGUCAUGGUGUGUCAGGUAGAGGACCGGUUAAAGUACAGCGUGGCCACGGUUGUGGUCAGGGUUCUCAGUGAGAACUCCUUCCCGCCGGUCUUUAACACAACCACCUUCAAAGGCUUCAUCAUCCAGAGCUCAAGCCCCGCCUCCAUUGUUUCCACCUAUGGGAACCAGGUGUUGCAGGUCCAGGUAUCGGACCAGGAUUUCUCUGAUGGAGUGAACCCAAACAUCCGGUUCUUCCUCCAUCCCCCAUCCCGACUGUACCAGGUGACCCAGGAGGGUGUUCUGAUUGCCCGGACGGACCAGCUGAGGGCCUUUGACAGACACAUUCUGCAGGUUGUUGCCAGGGAUGAAGAAUCAGGAGAGGAAGCUUCAGCCUCAGUGGACAUUGAAGUCCUGCAGCGAGGACAGGCAGUGCCUCAUGGUGCGUUCACAGAGCAACAGCUGUUUGGGGAUGUGGACAGCAGGUUGGCAGGAGGAAUCGCAGCGCUGAUCCUGCUGAUGUUUCUGUCAGCCUUCCUGUUUCUGCUGCUUCGAUUCGUGCGAAGGCACCGGCCACAGGAAGCUGAUGUCCUGCCAGCCACCACAACCUUGAAGCACCAUAAGGUGAGUUCCAGGUCUCCAGGCUUCAUGGACGAGGCUCUCCGUCGUCAGGCAUCCUUGCGGUCAGGCAGCUUCCACGGCAGACAGGGUCUCUACAUCCGGAGGCAGUCUCUUCCUCCUCCAACUUCCUCCUUCUCAGCAGCAGACAGCAGGUCCAGACCUCAGCCUCAAUCUACGGAGGUCUCUCUCAGCGAUCCGGCGGGCCGCUGCCACUUCCAGACGGAUCUGUUCGUCAUGGUAGAGAAACCUCCAGGUGUGGCUUCUGGCUGGGAGAGGUCACCUGACGUCACCGCAGGCCUGCAGGUCCAUGCUGGGACACCCCAGAGUGACGAGGACGUUAACACUGACCAAUCAAGAGACACUUGAAAGAUUGUUCCAGCCAAUCACAAAUCAAGACUGCCUGGGACAUACAAUGUGUGAUUGAUUGGCAGAUGUAAACUCAUACUCUCUGUUUUUAGUGCUUUGAAUGAAAAAUGCCUUCAGAAAUUACUUAUGAAUAAAAACAUGUUUAAUUUCUAUUUCA